ACACACACACACACACACACACACACACAGAGAGUAGCAUCUUAAAUAAUUGAAUCUAUAAGAGAUAGGGUUGUGUCCCGCACACAGGAUCCUGUGUGUGUGUGUGCGCGCGCGCUCCGACGCGCUUGGUGUGUUUCACACUUCGCGGUUACGCGCGUGGGAGUCGGAGUGGGAGGACUGUCUCGAGGACUGACUGACUGGCUGCUGGCGCGAGGGAGAGGGAGAGUGUCGGUGUAUGUGUGUCUGCGCGAGACGUUAAUACCUAGAGGACAGGCUCGCGAUGCUCUGAGCGUUUCAACGCCGCAGCAACAGUAGCUCGUGCAUCCACAAACCAAAUUACUGAGGACGAGUCGCGCGCCUGUGUGCGUAGAUAUAUGCCGUGUACGUACAACUCCAACCGGACAGCGCGCGACCUUUAACGGAUCAUGAGGAGGAAUUGAGCUCGUGCGACAGGUUAUAAACGCUAUCAUCGUCGUACACCAUCUCCGACCUGCGGGUUGCCAUAGCAACGCCCUCAGGCACCAUGGCCUCUCCAGCGAUUUCCGGAACUACUGGAACUAUCACCUGUAUGUGUGUGUGUGUGUGUGAAAUGUGCGUGAACAGCGGUAAGCCGGAGGUGUGACGCACUUGAGUGGCACACACACACACACACACACACACACACACACACACGUAUACAUAAACAGAGGCAUGUGCAGGAUCUUAACACACACCAAGAGACACAUUGACAUCUGCUGCUUAACUCCGUCUGCCUUAUUGUGUCCUUCUUACAAUCCUAAAAUGGCUCCUUCCCCUCACCUUCGAUCACACACACUCUUAAUACACACGGCUAACACACGCUGCUGCGGCUGGAAACCGGUGUUGUUGACAUCGUCGUGUUUGUCCUCGCUGAGAGGCAGAAAGACAGGAGAGUAGAGACAACGCUUUUUUUUUUUUUUUCGGUGUUGCUUCGGUUCAUCCUCUUGCAAAACGUGCCUUUUUUCCCCCCUGAAAACGGCCGCCUGUGACUAAUCCCCUGCGCCGUAGAGGUGAAAAAGGAGCAGAGAGAACCUUGUUGUUUAUAAUAAAAUGUCCUCACUUGACUACCUGGGACGUUGAGAACUUUCAGUCACCUGAGGAACCGUCAUCGUUUUUGCAGCGUCAGAUGGACACCGUCGUGACCGUCCUUGCUGUUGUGGCUGGGAGAGUAGAAUCUUGUUAAAGAGGAGACACGAACGGACGUUUUCUCAAGAUGGCUGCCGCUCACCUUCCCGUAUUCCUGGUUCUGAUGUCCGUCCCACUUUCCCUGUCGUCCCUCCAGUCAAACGAACGUCGCGUGGUGGCCUACGUGCCUGGCGACUUGAUCAUCGGUGCUCUGUUCUCCGUGCACCACCAGCCGGCGGCGGACCGCGCCCACGAGCGCAAGUGCGGUGCUGUGCGUGAGCAGUACGGCAUCCAGCGCGUCGAGGCCAUGAUGUUGACGCUGGACCGCAUCAACGCCGACCCGGACAUCCUGCCUAACGUCACGCUCGGCUGCGAGAUACGCGACUCCUGUUGGCACUCGGCUGUCGCGCUCGAGCAAAGCAUCGAGUUCAUACGUGACUCGCUCAUUGCCGCCGAGAGCCCCACGUCCGCCCCACUCGAUCCCAUUUCCGAAGACGUGCCAACCGGGGGCGGGGCUAAGUGUUUAGAAGGCCUACCCCCCAAAGGCAAGAAGCCCAUCGUGGGUUUGAUUGGACCUGGCUCGAGCUCGGUGGCUAUUCAGGUUCAGAACCUGCUGCAGCUCUUCAACAUCCCUCAGAUCGCUUACUCGGCCACCAGCAUGGACCUGAGUGACAAAUCACUGUAUAAAUACUUCAUGAGGGUCGUGCCGUCUGACGCGCAGCAGGCCAGAGCCAUGGUGGACAUCGUCAAGCGCUACAACUGGAGUUACGUCUCCACCAUUCAUACAGAGGGUAACUAUGGUGAAAGUGGAAUAGCGGCAUUCAAGGAGAUGGCUCUGAAGGAAGGGAUCUGCAUCGCACACUCGGAUAAGAUCUGGAGUAAUGCAGGCGAACAGAGCUUUGACCGUCUGCUGGCGAAGCUGCGCGUUCGUCUGCCCAAGGCGCGCGUGGUGGUGUGUUUCUGUGAAGGCAUGACUGUCCGAGGCAUCCUCAUGGCCAUGAGACGCCAGAACCUGUCCGGGGAGUUCAUGCUUGUUGGCAGUGACGGCUGGGCGGACCGUUAUGACGUGACUGACGGGUACGUGCGUGAGGCAGCAGGUGGGAUCACAAUAAAACUGCGAUCCUUGGACGUGAAGUGGUUCGACGAUUACUACUUAAAAUUACGUCCUGACAACAAUCUGCGCAAUCCGUGGUUCCCGGAGUUCUGGCAGCAUCGCUUCAACUGCAGACUAAAGGGUCAUCCUCAGGAGAACCCUGACUACAACCGGACCUGUAGCAAGCGAGAUUCGCUUCGGCAGCAGUACGCUCAGGACACUAAGAUGGGUUUUGUAAUAAAUGCGAUCUACAGCAUGGCGUAUGGGCUUCAUAUGAUGCAGAGAGCUCUCUGUCCUGGUAUGGCGGGACUCUGUGAUGCCAUGCGGCCAAUCGACGGUUCCAAACUGCUCGAGUUUCUCAUGAAGACCAACUUCACAGGCGUCAAUGGAGAGAACAUCUACUUCGAUGAGAACGGAGAUUCGCCGGGAAGUUAUGUGAUCAUGAACUUUAAGAAGAUGGGGAAAGACUAUUACGACUACACUAACGUGGGCAGCUGGGACAACAGCGGCCUGCAGAUAGACGAUGACGAAAUCUGGCCGAACAAAGACAGCAUCAUUAAGUCGGUCUGCAGCGAGCCCUGCGAUAAAGGACAGAUCAAGGUGAUCCGUAAGGGCGAGGUGAGCUGCUGCUGGACGUGCACCCCCUGUAAGGAAAACGAGUUUGUGUUUGAUGAGUACACAUGCCGAGCCUGCGAACUCGGAUCCUGGCCUACUGAUGACCUCACAGGUUGCGACCCGAUCCCGGUCGAGUAUCUGCACUGGGGCGACCCGGAGCCGAUCGCGGCGGUGGUUUUCUCCUGCCUCGGUCUCCUCGUCACGUUCUUCGUGGCUGCCGUGUUCGUGGUGUACCGUGACACGCCCGUGGUGAAGUCGUCAAGCCGUGAGCUCUGCUACGUCAUCCUGUUCGGGAUCGGCCUGGGCUACGUCUGCACCUUCUGCCUGGUCUCUAAACCUCGCAUCAUUUCCUGUUUCCUGCAGCGCAUUGGCGUCAGCCUGGCGCCCGCCCUGAGCUACUCGGCUCUCGUCACCAAGACCAACCGCAUCGCUCGCAUCCUGGCAGGCAGCAAGAAGAAAAUCUGCACCAAGAAGCCACGCUUCGUGAGCUCGUGCGCCCAGCUAGCCAUUUCCUCCUUCCUGGUCCUGGUGCAGCUCGGCAUCAUCGUCACGCUGCUCGUCCUGGAGCCACCGGACGUCGUCUUCCACCAUCCGUCCAUCCGAGAGGUCAAGCUCAUCUGCAACACUAGCAACCUGGGCGUGGUCGCGCCGCUCGGCUACAACAGCGUGCUCAUUCUCAGCUGCACCUUCUACGCGUUCAAGACGCGCAACGUGCCGGCGAACUUUAACGAAGCCAAGCACGUGGCGUUCACCAUGUACACCACGUGUGUCAUCUGGCUGGCGUUCGUACCCAUCUACUUCGGCUCGGACUACAAGAUUGUCACGACGUGUUUCUCCGUGAGCCUGAGCGGCACUGUAGCGCUCAGCUGCAUGUUUGCACCGAAGGUCUACGUCAUCCUGGCCAAGCCUGAGCGUAACGUGCGGAGCGCCUUCACCACUUCUACAGCCGUGCGCAUGCAUGUGGGGCGGGGCAAAAGUACACCGCCGCCCACCAGCAGCCUAGCCAACUUGUGGAAGAGACGCCCCUCAUCCGGGGACACGCUCAGCUCUAACGGUAAAUCUGUGACGUGGGCUCAGACGGAGCGCAACUCCAAAGGUGGCCACUUGUGGCAGCGUCUCUCCUUCCACAUCAAAAAGCGCGAGAACAACCAGACGGCCGUGAUCAAGCCUUUCUCCAAGGCGUCGGAGGAUGUCACGCCUGAAAGCGCUACCGAUAAAAUGCUAUACGAAGUCGCAGAGAGCGAGGAGCGAUAUCCGAUCACGUAUCGGCCUCAGACUCCGUCACCAAUCAGCACCGUGAGUCAGAGGACGGGAGAAGUUCUAGGGCGGAGCCAAGGCCCUGAUGAUGAACAGAUCAUCAGCGUUUCCUCAUACGUCAGCCAAUCGUCCCGUAGAGAAAGCGGAUCGUGUGCUGGAGCGAUAGGAGCUGGUGGGGGCGUGGUUGUGAGCGGAGCCGUGGGAAUUAGGGGCGGAGUCUCUAGCUCAUCCCAGGGCUCGCUAAUGGAGCAAAUCAGCUGCGUUGUGAACCGUUUCACAGCUAAUAUCAGUGAACUCAACAGCUUGAUGCUCUCAAGUUCACCUCAGCACUCUUCAAAAGUCCCGGCCCCUUACUUCCUGUCCCGAGACAUGUCCAUGCCUGCCACCAUGACGACCUAUGCUGAAAUUCAACCCCUUCCACCUGUGGAGUCAAACGGGGGCCGUCCACCCACUUCCUGCCCCCUCGGCGGUCCUUCGGGCGUUAAAGAGAAGAUUUUGGAAACGACCGUACACGAGUCCCAGGCUUCGAAAGGAGACAUGGAGGAAAUUCUCGCGCUAACGCCACCCUCGCCGUUUAGAGAUUCUGUGGCGUCAGGAAGCAUCUCGAAUUCUCCUGCAUCUGGAUCGUCACCCAAAUACGACUGCUUGGUACUGAGGCACUACAGCCAGAGCUCCUCGUCCUUAUAAGGACCUUGGAUGCAAGAAAGUGGCGAGAAUAUUAAUUCGAGACAUAAGAGAACGGUUUUCUGGUGUGUGUGUUUACAUGUUGUCGCUGUUGAAUUUGGCAAACAGCCAGAGCUCCUCGUCCUUAAGAGGACUGUAGAGACAGAGCACAGGAAAUGAGCGAACGAGGGUUGAAACAAUAAUAAAAGCUGAUGAUUGAUGAAUAACAGCAUCUUAGAGAGGAUAGAAGGACCUUAGAGGUGAGGAAAGGAGAAGGAAUGAUGGGAAUAUUCAGAUGAGAUCUGAUGGAGGGUAAAAUCGCUAAAAAUCAGUGAAUAACGAUGUCCCAGAGGAUGUAAUACAAACAAACACAAGUGCAGAAGUAGAGCCAGUGCUCUAGACUCAGGCAAGAGGGGUGGUGUGAUAUCGAAAUGAUGAAUAAUAUCUUGGAAGAAGAGAUACGAGGCAACUUAUGAUCUUAAAAAAAAAAAAAAAGAGGGAACAAGGGUGCCGUUGUACAGAUGAAAAGAUAUGUAGGAAAUGAAACUUGUAUAUCCUGAAGGAAAUAUACAGGGCUUGAUGGAGGGAUGAAAGUAAUAUAAAGGAAAUACAGGAUGGAAGGAAGUAAGAAGGGAAAUAAAGAGGAAGGAGUUGAGCAAAGGGAGGGAGUGGCAAAUGGAGAAAUAGCAGAGACAACAGAAGAGAAAGAAAGGAAGAAAGAAGGGAGAGAGAGAGAAUGUGAGAAAAGCAGACAGAAAAUUGAAGAACAUUGAGAGACAAAACAUGGGAAGUACAGGAUGAAAGUGUGAGAGUAAAAGGAGAAAGAGAAAACGAGAAGAAAAAUAAUGGUGCGAGAAAGCAAUGAGACAAAAAGUGAGUGUGCACAUGCACUCUGUGGAACACUGAUCGGUCGGCUCGGCUGUGAAGCCCGUUAUGACGUCAUGACGUGGCAGAUGGAAUUCAAAUAGACGGACGUUUCCAUCUUUCAAUAUGUUUUCAUCUUUCAAAAUGAAUUUUAAAAAGUGCCUUGCAAGCACUGUAAUAACGGCUUCCUGGACAUGGUAAGGACAUCUGAGUGGGUUUUACUGUCCGAUUUAGCCAAGAAAUGAAGAGACGUCGAAAUCGUUGUCCUUAGAAGGACCCUAGAGACAGAAUGGAUAGAACAAGAACGCGGAUAAUACUUUAAAGAAGUAAGAAAAGUAUAAAAGUGAUGAAUAACUCCUUUCUAGAGUAGACAUGAGGAACUCUUUACCGUCUUUACACGAAAGAUAAUGAGACGAAUAUGAGCAUUUGGUCUCGCAUGGGUACAGCUUCAGUGACUGGAAAAGAUGUAGGAUGUGUAAUAAGGAAUUCUCAAAGAGAGUAGAGAGGGUAAAAGAAGGAAGCAGGUGUAGGACUAUUAAUUAAAGGAAAUAUAUGCGAAAGGUGAAAUAUACCAGUGCUGAGUGGAUGAAUAAUGGCAUCCUUGUUCCCCAAAGUACUAGUAAACCUACUCUGCACAUGUACAGUAUGAUGGAAUUCCUUAAGGUCUAAUUGUGUACCUUUGAUGACUUACCUUUCAUCCCAUAGGUCGUGGGUACACGAGUAGCUGGUUUGUGUGUCUAAAGCGCUGAACUACGGCCAUUUCAUUUCGAUCAAUCAGAUUAGUCGACUCUGGUGCGGCAAAUCAUUGGUUCGGUCCGCUGAAAUACUCGCCAUUUGACGACCCCCGCUAGAGAUCCUCAAACUAAAGAUAUAUAAACAGAUUUGAAGGUAACACCCACCCCAAUAAGGUCCACAUUAGAACCUUUAUUUCUGAGAAUGCUGUGAUUGUUGAAUAAAUGGUUUACUAGAGCGAGGCUGUCAAUUCCAAUCCGUCGAUGAGGCUAUGCUUGAGCUAGCACAGAGGAGAAAGUGUGGAAAUACUCAUUUGAGACAUAAGAAAGAUGUGUAAUGCUGAAAUGGAUGAAUAACAGCAUACUAGACAAGACAAUAAUACAAAUACAAAUACCACCUGAAUUCCUCAUCCUUAAAAGGACCUUAGAACAUGAGAUGGAGAAUGGGGACGACGAGAAACAAAGGCUGUAAUGCUGAAAUGUAUUGAGAAUAGCUUCUGAGAUGGAAUACAAGAGCCUCCCUUGUCCUUAGGAUGACUGAAAAUAGGACGAGUGUCACAGACGUACAGUGUUUAUUGUGCGUGUUUACAUGUUUUCACUGUUAAAGUACACCUGGCCAAACGUAGAGGCUACUGAAGCGUCUUAAAGCAUCAAGACUUUCUACGGACAUGUGACAUAAAAUAAUGGGUUUUUUUUUUUUCGUUGUUUUGUUUGGUAGUGGCCUUAAAUAUACACGGCUCUCAUCUAAUUAGAGAUAUUUUUAUGAACUGUUUACUCUGUGCGUGCGUGCGUGUGCGUGCGUGUGUGCGUAUGGGAUAAUGGGUACCAGAAAAUUGACAGUGAUAUGAGGACUGUCCAUCCAAAGCUGGCAUCAGGCAUGGAGUUUAGAAAGGGCUGAGAAACUCUUAAAACUGGAAAGUGUGUUUAAAAUGCACACACACACACACACACACACACACACACAUAUGGACAAUUUAAAAAUAAGAACUUGAGUUCGAGGACCUGACCUAACAGACUCUGCAAAAAGUGCUGUUUAAUUUCUUGCAAAAUCCUGUAAAUAUCCACCAAAUUGUCAUCUUUUAUUUGUUCCCAUUUUCUACUUUCCGUUCUAAUUUUUCUCUUCUUCUUUUUCUCUUUUUUUCUUUCUCUAACCAUCUAUUUUCCUGUGCUUUCCAAACACCCAGGAUGUUCAAUUCUAAAUUAAUGAUUGUGAUGAUUUUUUUUUUUUCUGUGAACCUUGAAUAGCGUGGGACCAAAUUUCUCGUACCUCUGUGUCUGCUCUUUAUUUAGCGGUGUUUGUUUUCGCCGAACUGAACACAAUACUAGUGAAUCAAAUACUAGUGAACCUAACGGUGUAAUCUACUGGAGUGUUAAGAUAAUGAUUGUCGCAAUGAAUCAGAUUAAUAAAUCUAUUCAGUUGAGAUUGUCCCAGUGAACCACGUGAAUGAAUCGAUUAAUUUGAGAUUGUCCCGGUGAAUCAGAUGAAUGAAUCGAUUCAAUUGAGAUAGUCCCAGUUGAUCGCAUGAAUGAACUGAUUCAUUCGAGAUUGUCACAACGAAUCAGAUGAAGGAAUCGAUUCAUUUGAGAAUGUCACAUUGAAUCAAGUGAAGGAAUCGAUUCAUUUGAGAUCGUCCCAGUGAACCAGGUGAAUUAAUCAACUCGUUUGAGAUUGUCACACAAUGAACGGAUGAAUAAAUUGAUUCAUUUGCUAGCUGUUUAGCUAAUGAUAAUCAACAGAGUAAUAAUUCACAGCAUUUUAUUCAAAUGUUAAUGCUCCCUGUAACACGCAGUUUCGUUCAUAAAGGGCUUUUAGCACAACAAAAUCCACUUUACCCAAAAACACACCAUGAAAAUCGCAAAAAUCUACAUACAUACAAAAGGCACGGUAAGAGAAAACUUUAUAAAAUUUUUUGUUUGCCUCAUGAAAACCUCAAGAAAAUAUCUAGAUUGGAAUCUAAACGAAUG